UCAACUCUAUUCUUUGAUAAUCAUCUUCAUAUAUUCAUAAUAUUCGUGUAUUAAGAAUAUCCUUUUCACCUAAUAAUGUCUAUCUAUCUCAAUAUGAUUAAUCAAGUUAAAUUUCUCUGCAGUUGCUGACUUGAAUAUAAUCAAAUUAUUAAUUUGUUCACAUUAUCCAUGUUACCACUACUUUCAUAUGAUUAAUCAAGUUAUAUAAUGCAUACACCUCAAAAACUCAUAGACAUAGUUGAUCAGUAUUGAAAAAUGGGUAACCUUCCAUCCGCCGGAGCAACUAAGGUUUUGCCUGUUGACAGUUUAUUCAAUCUACCCGCUCCUUUACCUUCUUGGCCGCCAUUACCCGGUGAUAAUAAUGGUGGAGGAUUUGGAAGUGGGAGUAUAAACCUAGGAGGACUAGAAGUGCAACAAAUCUCAACGUUCACAAAAGUCUGGAGAAUCCUCGACGGAGGUCCGGGAAAUCAAGGGGUCACUUUUUUUGAACCGUCGCCAAUUCCAUAUGGAUAUUUCAUGCUUGGCAGCUACGUCCAACAGAACAACAAACCUCUUUCUGGUUGGAUUCUUGUUGGAAAAGACAUUGGCAACAGUGGAACGCUGAAGAUGCCGGUUGAUUAUACACUUGUUUGGAGUAGUGAAAAGUCUACGAUAAAAAAAGAUGGCAAUGGUUAUAUUUGGUUGCCUGUUGCUCCUGAAGGUUACAGAUCUGUAGGUCACGUCGUCACCAAAUCAUCUGCAAAGCCAUCUCUUGACAAAAUCCGGUGCGUCCGGUCGGACCUCACUGAGUCGUGCGAGCGUUCUGAUUUGUUGUUUGGAGCAGGCGGGAUCAAUGCAUAUGGUUUGAGACCAACCAACAGAGCAACUCAGUCCCUAAGUGUUUCCGUCGGUACGUUCGUGGCGGAAAUUGACGGCGGACAAAGUUCAACGGCUGCCAUGUCUUGUUUGAAGAACAAAGAUUCUAAUCUAUCGUGUAUGCCGAACUUGAGCCAAAUUCAAGCACUAGUACAAACUUAUUCACCAUGGAUUUACUUUCAUCCAAAAGAACAAUAUCUCCCCUCUUCCGUGAGUUGGUACUUCAACAACGGCGCUCUUUUAUACAAGAAAGGCGACGAGUCUAAUCCCGCCCCAAUCGAUCCGACGGGUUCGAAUCUUCCGCAAGGCGGUUGGAAUGAUGACACAUACUGGUUGGACUUGCCAAUUGAUAAGGAUGCCAAGGAGAGAGUUAAGAAAGGUGAUUUAGGAAGCUCGGAAUCUUAUAUACAUGUUAAGCCAAUGCUAGGUGGAACCUUCACGGAUCUUGUUUUCUGGUUCUUCUACCCGUUUAAUGGUCCGGGGACGGCGAAGGUGGAACUCAUCAACAUACCGUUAGGAAAGAUUGGUGAACAUAUUGGCGACUGGGAGCAUUUGACCUUAAGAAUAAGUAAUUUCAACGGGAAACUAUGGGAUGCUUAUUUCUCACAGCACAGUAAAGGAAGUUGGGUGAAUGCAUCAGACCUGGAGUUCCAAGGUGGAAACAAGUUUGUAACGUAUUCCGCGCUGCAUGGCCAUCCAUUUUACGCGAAACCAGGAUUGGUUCUCCAGGGGAAUGCUAGUCUUGGCAUUGGCAUACGGAACGAUACCGCUAAGAGUGACUUUGUGAUGAAUACAGGAGAGAGAUAUGUUGUAGUGUCAGCGGAGUACUUGGGUACGGUAAUCGUUGAGCCUCCUUGGUUGAACUAUUUGAAGAAAUGGGGUCCGAAAAUCGACUACAAUACUAAGGAGGAAUUUGAUAAGAUUGAGAAAUUACUUCCUGGAAAGCUUAAGGAUGUAUUCAAGCGCGUCAUAAAUGGUCUGCCGAGAGAAGUUUAUGGAGAAGACGGACCUACUGGCCCCAAGAUGAAGGAUUAUUGGACAGGAGAUGAGCGAGUUUAAGUCUGAUAAAUUAUUGCCUUGUAAAUUCCAUUGUUGUUUUGCUUGGUCUUGUGAUGUGCAUUGUUUGACAUUGCAUUCUUAUUUUUAAGGUUCUACUGGUAA